AUGGCAGCCAGAGGGGUCCUCCCAGUUUUCCACACAACACCCAUCACCAUCCUAUAUCAGGAUGCUGGGCUCCCAUCAGCAAUGGUAGCUCUGGAGGAGGUCAAAAUGCGAUUCGCGACAAGGCUUCAGGUGGUGGAUGAGAAGCACCCACUGACUUCACAGAUAGCAUCUCCAAUGAUCACACAAGGAAGAGGGGCUGGAACCCAGCAGUGCUCAAAGAUCAAGAUCCAGUGGUUGGGGGUGCUGCUACCUGCAGUCAAUAGGCCCACACUUGCCAUCCCACACUACUUAGAGGAAUGCGGGACAGACCCCACAGAGGGUCUGGCCAGCUUCUCAGCUGCGCUGAGCCCUAUGUCACAUGUCUUCAACACUGAAGCAGUUGGUGCCUGCCGGGCAUUAGAGUGCGCUGUGAAGCUCCUACCUUGUGUCACAGGAGACAGCAGCAACUCUCAGAUCUGGCUCUGCCUUGACAACACCUCAGUCAUCUGGGGCAUACGGGGCAGUGCAGCAGCCUCCUCAAACUGGGCCUACAACCGCUGUCAUGAGCUCCUCAGACAGCACAAUAUCGGCCUGAAAUGGGCUCCUGAGCAUAUGAAGAUAGAGGGCAAUGAGGAAGCAGACCGCUUGGCUAAGCAGGCAGUCUCAUCCACUGCAGCCCCAGUCUAUGGACUCGAGGCCACACCCACAGUCAGUGGGGUCCGCACAGUGGCCAAGCAGCUCAGUCAAGAGACAAGGCGAAAGUGGUGGAGUGGAGCCUGUGGCAAGCUCUCUGACUGGUACCGGGGCUGGAGUUUCAGCAGGCCGACUGUGGAAUACCAAGUGAAGGCCCCUCCGGAGCUCACCAUGCCACGGCAUGCCCUUCACCACUGGCUUGCACUCCGAUCCUCUCAUGGGGACUUCUCCUGGUACCACAGGCGUUUCCAGCAUGCAGAUGCAAGGCUCAUCUGUGUCUGUGGACACAACUAG